GAACUCGGACAUCUCACCGCUGACCAGCUAAUGGAACAUAUAAAGUACCUUCAGAACAGUGCAUAUCGCUUAGGUAUCAUGGAAGCUAGGGAACUUGCACGCGGAAAGUUUCUGAAGAUUCUUGAACUCCAAGAACCCCCCAAGAAUACAGACUGA